UUUCUAACAUAGAUUUCUCAACAACAUUGUGGUCACUCUCGAAUUUUAGCUAAGACCUCGGUGUCCAGAUCGCAUGAGUUUUGCAUUCACAUGCCCUUUCAGUGGCUGUGAUUCGUGAAGAUGAAGAGCCCGUUACUUCCCUGUUUCAGCACUUUAUAAGAGAUCCACCAUCAUCAAAGAAAGAGCAUUUUUCACGGACACUUGAUCGUGAUGCGCCGCCGUGAAGAGAAACGACGGAAGUUCCAUGAAGCCGUUCUUAACACACUUUAUCCUCCACCAUCACCAACCCAAGCAGUGGAUGAAGAGGAAAAACAUGGUGACCCGGUAGAAGACUUCGACUUGGAACUUACAAAUCUAGAUCAUUUUAUUCGAACUGGUAGCUCAAGUGAUGGUGAUAAUGAAGCUGACGAUGAUAAUGGUGAGGGUGGUAAAUAUCAGCCUCAAAAGCUGACUAGGGCUCAACGGAAGAGACUUCGUAAGAAGAAACUCAAGGAAGAUGCUUCUCGUAGGAGCAAAAUUAUUGGGCCUUUGUUGCCACCCACAAUCAACGAGGAUGCAAACGAUAAUUAUCGUGGAGAUGAAAUUCAUCGUCAAGAUGUUCGACAAAACGUCGAUGAGAAAUGUGAUGUUACUCAUGACAAGCCCGGUGGGGCGGUUGGGUGCAGUAAUCAGAACAAGAUAAAGAAUCGGAGGUUCGCAAAGAAGGUGGCCAAGGAACAGCUUAAGUUCUCAGGCGAUGAAAACUUCGUUGUAGGUCAAAGCUUUGAGUCCUCUAAUAACAGAGGAAAUUCUGAUGAUGAUGAUCAGAAAAUGAAGACCUCUAAUAUGGAACAUUUUAACCAAGCCCAGGCCCAAGAAGAGCAAAGAGGAAGCUGGCCCAGAGAAGGAAGGAAGAAAGAAAGAAGUUCUCAGCUGAGGAUUCAAGGAUUAGCAGGAUAGAGGGCAAUCUGGGGAUUAGAGACGCUGGUCUGAAACAGAUUGAUCUUGGCCAUUCAGUGGAAACACAUGAUAGCUUAUGAGUGGGCAGAGGGGAGGAUUCUAUUAGGGAAAUUCAUCAUUUAUAUGGCAGCAGGAAAAAAGAGAGGGCCGACUUUUGUUUUUUGAAAUGAUGUAAUGAAGUUUGUUAGUGAAGAAGGAGAGGUCUGGCUCUCGAAUUCUAGAAUUGAUAGUGUCCAUUUCCUUUUAGUUUGUUGCUCCAAAUUAAGUUGUAAAACACCUGGUGUAAGCACUUGCCAUGGUUAAUGAAUGAAUGGGAUGGACUGCACUUUUCUAUUUUA